CCUCCUGGCUUCCCGCGACCACCGACGUAAGACGUGUACCUAAUCCUUAAAUAAAUAAUCGUCGUACAGACAACCUCUGCCGUUCCGAGCGUCAGUCGAUAAGAUAUAUCUAGAGCACUAACACUGAAACCCAGUAAUGAAAAUGUGAAUAGUCGUGAAUGGGAAAUGGCGAGAUCGUUAGACGAUAUCACGAAAAAGUGCACCGACGAAGACAACGUUAUGGACGACGACAGCGAAGACCCCCCAGGAUGUCUCCGCAGGAUGGUGGUUUGGUUAAGGAUCAAUCCGAAUCUUGUUAUGUUAAAAGUGACUCUAUUUGUGAUGUACGGUGCCACCGCAUCUCUAUUACCGUAUUUGACGAUUCAUAUGCAAAGUAUAGGACUUACAGUGCCUGAAAUUUCAUUUGUGUAUUUAGCUUUACCUUUCACUACAUUUUUGAGUCCACCUAUAACAGGAUUUUUAGUUGAUCGCUUCGGGGAGUAUAAGCCUGUAGUUAUCACGGCUCUUAUCUUAAACGCAGCAUUUCAUCAUUCCCUGCUGCUGAUUCCACAUCAAGAAACUCCUGGAGUAAUGCCAUCUGCCUAUGUUAUGCGCCAUCCGAUUAAAAGAAGCGUCGAGAUAUGGUGGAGUCCCUGCCCUAGCAGAGAAUGCCCUGACGAAGAUGAGCAGGUCGAUUUUGUUCUGGAUCGAUGCAUUGACCAUUGCAUGUUAUCCAGACCAACUGAACGUCCUGAGGUUGAUCCAGCUGACGAUAAAGAUGAUCUAGACUUUCAUAUAGAGCACAAAUUUCAUCCACCACGUCUUACCAACGCCAGUUACUUAAAUAUGACUGACGAUGAGGAAUUUAACGACGCAGCAUUCUUUUUAAUAGAAGUGCAUGAUGAUUUAGGUGAACCAAAAGAACAACUUGGUAUUGAAAUGGAAAGGGAUGACAAUGAUACGGUAACAGAUUUCAGAUCAAGGUUUGGCGAGAAAUUAUUGCUUGCUCAAGGUGUAAAUAUUACGGCUCUUGAUAACGAAGAUCUAAGAUGUGGUGGUCUCGUCAUGCUGCAUAAUAUGACGAAACUCUCGCAACAACGACUGGAAUCCUUAUCAGCUGACUGUAUGGUUCAAAAGUGUGAUUUUAGAAAAGGAGGCCCAGACAUAUGCCCGCCAGAUUACAAGGAAAGUGAUGAUAAAACAUUCUACAUUUAUUUCUUUUUACGCUUCAUGGGGACUAUUAUGUUAUCAGCUGGCGUAACGAUUAUGGAUCCCAUAGCCUUAACUAUGAUACAAAAGUAUGGAGGGGACUUUGGCAGAGAAAGGCUAUUUUCUAGCAUUGGGAUGGCCAUUUUUUCUCCUAUCACAGGCAUGCUUAUAGAUAUGAGGAGUAAACAAGUCGGCUACACGGACUAUUCAGCAGCUUUUUAUACGUAUGACGCCUUACUUCUGAUAUCAGCAAUUACUGUUGCUGUAAUGCCCCUUGGAGCUAAACUGCCAGCUGAUAAUUUAUUACACGACUUAGUGAAUAUUAUAAAAAUGCCUCACAUUAUUAUUUUUAUAUUCUUUCUUUUUGCUCUGGGAAACUUUUGGGGCUUUAUCGAAUCUUAUUUAUUUUUGUACUUGAAGGAAUUAGGGGCACCUAAUUUUUUGCUAGGAAUAACCGUGACCGUGGGCACGUUAAGCAGCAUCCCGUUUCUCUACGGCGCAGACGCAAUCACAUCUCGGAUUGGUCACGUCAACGUGAUCAUUGUCGCCUUCUUCUCUCAUGCUGCGAGGCUCGUUGGUUAUUCUUUUAUAGAAAACUCCUGGUGGUGCUUUCCAUUUGAAGCCAUGGAAUCGUUGUCUGUACAUUUAAUGUGGGUUGCAGCAGCGACCUACUGUGCGAUGUUAGCUCCUAAGAACCUGUUGGCGACUCUGAUUGGUGUCCUUGGAAUGGCGCAUUUCAGUUUAGGUAGAGGCAGCGGUAGUUUCGGUGGCGGCCUCCUAAUUGCUUCUUUGGGUACAAGAGAAGCUUUCCGUUAUAUGGGGUUAAUCGCUUUUCUUGGCGGUGUGCUGUAUGGCCUGCUCCAUUAUUUUUGGCUGAGGAAAACAGCUAUGACUGGUAUUCGAGAUGCCUGUGACCCUGAUACUGAAAGCGGGGAAGGUGACAAGCUGAACGGCGAGCCAUUACGCAAGGAUGCAGAGACAAUGGUAUCGUUAGAGAGACUUCACAUCAUCACCCGCUUCAAUCCACUUGGCUCUCUGCAUUCGCUGUCGAGAAGCUCAAGGGCGAGGCUCUCUCAAGGCGACAUCAACGAGCUUUGCCGAAGCCGCAGCGGAAGUAACAGCCAGCGACGCUGCAGCAAUAUCGAGAUAUCACCCAAAACUCCUCAGGGUUCAGCAUCUAAGGUGGAUCUGCUGCGUUCAGCACUAGAAAUCAGCCACCAACAAGGCAAAGGACACAUAUCCAACCCUGUGCUGUCCAGUCAGAGCAGACCUACACAUCAAUACAAGCUUGCAAAUAGCGCACCAAAGCUUACUCAGCGGAACAACAUAUCUCAGCCAGCGCUCGCGGAAUACGACAGACGUCGGGAUUCCAUACCUGAAGAGGCCGAGGAAGACCGUUUAACGCCAGCACAGAAACCGGCCAAGACCAAAAGCGACAACAUACCACCACCACCUACAUAUGACGAAGCGACCAGGGAAAAGCGAAAAAGUUGGCACUCUGAUGACAGCGCUCCCACGUAACGAAAAAAGAAAACCCGUCAAGAAAUAGGAUUGAAAAGAAAAAAAAAGGUUGAGGUAUACCUAUAUAGCCAGUUUUCGUCACGAAAGAUGAAAUUGUACUGAGUAGGUAUAUCUCAGAAAAAAUAGAAUGACAUGGAGACACUUCCAGAGUUAUAGUUAAAAUAUGCUUAGUUUGAAAUAAUCCAAUAAAAUGCUUUACAGUAAAAAUAAUAAGAAAAACGAACCAUCAUAAAUAAAGAAAAACAUUAUUGUUAUAUAUAACAACCUUUUAGAAGUUAUUUUGAUU